AUGACUAUAAAGGAUAGUUUGCCUCAUUUGAAGAAGAUAGUGAAGUAUCUCCCGGAGACUGAGGAGCCACUGGAUACUGAAAUGAGAGAGAGAGGAGUAAUAACCUGGGAGGAAUUCAUGGAGCUGGGAAAGGAUGUGAAGGAUGAUGAGUUAAGUGAUAGAGUAUCAGCCAUUAAACCAGGACACUGUGCCACUCUCAUAUACACAUCAGGUACCACUGGACCUCCUAAAGGGGCAAUGCUGUCUCAUGAUAAUAUUGUGUUUACUGGUAAAGCCAUCACUAAAAGCUGUGGAGGAUCACACGAGGAUAGAGGUGUUAGUUUCCUUCCCUUAAGUCACAUUGGUGGUCAGAUGUCUGAUCUCAUUGGUCCUGUUAUCUGUGGAUCAUGUGUUUGCUUUGCUCAACCUGACGCUCUAAAAGGAUCACUGAGGGACACACUACUGGAAGUUCAUCCAACUGGGAUACUUGCUGUCCCAAGGGUAUGGGAGAAAUUCAAAGAAGCAGCUGAAACUCAGUUUCAGUCUAUUGGUGGAGUCAAGAAGUUUAUAAUAAGGAAAGCAAUG